UAAAGCUUAGAGAUGCUCCUCAUCCAGUGUUUCAACAGAAAUCUGUGUUUAUUCUGCAAAACUCAACUAGACGAAUAAAAGUUCCACUUUAAACCUGAAGCUCGGAGGAAAACAUCUGAGUGAAUGUUUUCUGCACUGGAGCUCCGCUGAGCGUCCUGUUUGACAUCCAGAAAGGUUUGUUUACUCCAGCAGAUUCCUCCCUGCGUUCUGAGAUCUGUUAUCAUCCAGACGAACGCGUGCAUGACGGCGGAUUCUAGACGGGCUGGCCUGCAGAGCUCUGAACAUUUCCUGUCUUCCCAGUUCCAAACUGGCCUCUGAACCAGUCUGCUGCUAACAAAAGCUGUCAGAGUGUAGGAGUGGAAGGAGGUGGAGGAUGGGGAGGCUGAAGGAAGGGGGAGGUCAUGUCUGAUUGCAUAACUUCUCAGAGGGAAGGAAGAACUGAAGAGUGGCUACUGGGACUUCACUUCUUUUCUGUUUCUUAUUCCUGAACCGGUCGAGGACCUUAGAGGAACCAGUCAGAGCAAAAAGUAGCAGAUCAGAUAUAGGAGAGUGGAACUUAUGUGUUGUUAUCCAAGGAGCUAGGAGGCGCCGCCGCUCACGCCCUCUGAGCCGGGACAUGCUCACACUUGUAGAGUCGGUCUAGAGAGGAGAGUCUGAGGUACAGCUGCCUGUGGAAAACCAGCUGCUGCCUGCAGGAGAACAUUUCUGACGCCUCUCUGGGUGGAUGGUGUGGGGACGCUUCGCCCGGCCGGCCGUCCGUCAUCUCGGAGCAUGCAUCGCUAGUCCAGGCGGGAAGGACGGAUUGUCUCCGGCAUGGUGCAGAGGGACAGGACCAUCCAGUCAGUCCUCCAGCUCAAGCUUCAGCAGAGACGCACUCGAGAGGAGCUGGUCAGUCAAGGAAUCAUGCCGCCCCUGAAGAGCCCUGCAGCUUUUCACGAACAGCGGAGGAGUCUGGAGCGAGCCAGGACCGAGGACUACCUGAAGAGGAAGAUCCGGAGUCGGCCGGAGCGCUCCGAGCUGGUCAGGAUGCACAUUCUGGAGGAGACGUCGGCAGAGCCGUCCCUGCAGGCCAAGCAGCUGAAGCUGAAGCGAGCGCGUCUGGCCGACGACCUUAACGACAAGAUCUCUCACAGGCCGGGGCCGAUCGAGCUGGUCCACAAGAACAUCCUGUCGGUCAGCGUCCCUGUGCAGUCCUCGCUGCUGGAUUCUCCAAAGGGAGCCGGAGGGGAGAGCUCGUCUUUGGACGAAGACAGCAGCGAUGCCCUGUCGCCAGACCAGCUGACCAAUCACGACUCUCCGCUCAGCGCCGCCGCUCAGCUGUCCCCACCUGACGGGCUCGCCCAGAAUGGCGACCUCUCGCCCACUCAGUUCCUCAGCCAGCCGCCUCCACCGCCGCCGCUGCCUCCCCCGUUGGUCAGCUUGUCAGACUCCUCUCCGCUCCCCAAAAUACCAAACGGGUCGGCGCUGACGUGUCGCCCCUCUGCUGGACACCUGAAGGCUAAGACGGGUUCAGACCGCCCCCCACAGAGACCCAAGAAACCAAAGGACAGCAAGCCCAAGGUGAAGAAGCUGAAGUACCACCAGUACAUCCCUCCGGACCAGAAGGCGGAUAAGGAGCGUCCGCCUCAGAUGGAUUCGUCCUACGCCAAGCUGCUCCAGCAGCAGCAGCUCUUCCUGCAGCUGCAGAUUCUCAGUCAGCAGCAGCAGCACUACAACUACCACACCAUCCUGCCCGCCCCUCCCAAACCACAAGCGGAUCAGCCUCCUACCAGCGGCUCCGGCCCCUCCCCCUCCCGCACCUCUCACACCACCACCGCCAUGGCGCCCUCUGCUCAGACCCCAGCAGCUCGUCAGAGUCAGGCGGCGUCGGCAGCAGGAACCAAACCGACAACCUUACCUGCCAACCUGGAUGAGUUUAAAGUCGCCGAGCUAAAGCAGGAGCUGAAACUACGCGGUCUGACUGUUUCCGGCACAAAGAACGACCUCAUCGAGAGGCUCCGCAAUUACCAGGAGCAAAGCAGCGCUUUAAAGAACGCUACACCCCAGGCGGUCCAGCAGGCCAGCGCCGUCACGUCAGCUUCCAACGCCACCCCUGAGCUCCAGCCGGCGGAGGGCGGAGGCUGCUUCAAGCUGGCCUUGUCCUCUCUGGCUCAGGCCGUUCCAGGCCGGGUCAUGCGGUUCGGCAGCACCAGCUCCAGCCCCCCGGUAUCACCAACACCGUCUGAGCGCUCUCUGGCCGGGCUGAGUCCGGACGAGACGAGCUGUAGUGGCGACAUGUUUGGAGAAAUGGUGACCUCUCCUCUCACCCAGCUCACCCUCCACCACUCUCCUCAGCACCCACUCCCACAGCCUUUCUCUGCUGUCAAAGAGGAGAGCCAGAGCUCCUGCAGCCACUCCAAGUCCUCGCCGGCCUCACUGCAACCCAAAGAGUCUCUGCCUGCAGCAGCCGUGGACGCCUCAUCCGUAGACAAAGACCAGAUGCUGCAGGAGAAGGACAAGCAGAUCGAGGAGCUCACCAGAAUGCUGCGCCAGAAGCAGAGGCUGGUGGAGACCCUGAGGUCACAGCUGGAGCAGGGCAAGAUGGCAGGCGGGGUGGCGGUGAAGAAGGAAGGAAACGAGAAGAACAGGACACCCCCGGAGGCGGCGCUCCAAUCUCUGAUUAAAGCCUCGUCCAGUCAGCCGCCGACGCUUCCCAACGGAGUCGCUCCGACUGUGAAGGAGGAGGCGGAGCCGGAGAAAGAGAUGGAAGGGGUGACGGAGGAGGAACAGGCCAAGAGGCCGCCGCCGCCGACGCAGUGCUCACAGGAGACGCUGCUGAGGCUGCAGCAGAUCCAUCGGCUCCAAAUCCAGCAGGCGGAGCAGCAGAAGCAGCAGCUGCUUCAGUCCAAACAGCAGCUGCAGAAAGACUCGGAGCUUAAGGUCAACCAGCAGAAGAAAGAGGCUCAGCUGCUCCUCCGGCAGCAGCAGCAUCUGCAGCAGCUCAUCAUACAGCAGACCCAACAGAAGCAGCUGCAGGCCCAGCAGAACCAAGUCAAACAAACCCAACAGGAGGUUCAGACUCUGCAGAAGAGCCAUGUUCAGCUGAAGAAGAUCCAGGUCCAGAUUCAGAACCAGACGCUAACGGGCCAGAAGGCCGCAGUGAGCCAGCAGAGGAAGCAGCUGAGGGCUCAGCAAAGGCUGCAGCAGAAGCAACAGGCGGCCGCAGCAACCACACGACAGGUGACUCCAGUCAUCAUCAACCAACAAAACGGCUCCCCGCUCCAAACCCAAGCCAUCGCACUAGACCUUAAGGCCAACGGCAUGCCGACGCUGGUCACCGAUAGCAACGGCAACCACUACCUGAUCGCUCUGACCAGACAGAACGGGGUGUCCUCAUUGGCCAAAGUCAAUGGACGCAUCACUCUGCAGAGGCUACAGUCGAGCCCCAGUAAACUCCCCGGCACCGACGGCCAAUCAAAAGAGCAGCCGGCAGCCGAGCCCGCGGGCCAACCGGACAAAAAGGGACAGAAGGCAGGUUUGCACUUAGACACCAACGGGACCCCAGAGCCGAGCGUGGCCCACACGGCCCCCCCCAGCCUGCAGCCGUUCUUCGAGGACAUGACAGACACUGAAAGCCAAAGCAACCUGAUGUCCUCCCUGAAGCAGAAAGAGGAGGUGUGUCCACCUUAUGACCGACACACACUGUUCACCCCUCCCUCCCCUAAACCCAACACCUCCCUCCCUCCUCAGCGCUCUAAAGAGAACGGGGUGAACAGUCAGCAGAUGGACGACCUGUUUGACAUCCUGCUGAAGAGCGGAGAGAUCCCAGGCUUCAAGGCCAACCCGGACCCCUCCUUGGCGCCGCUCCACUCCGACCCGCCUUCCCCGUCGGUUCCUGCAUCCCCGCUCCACCUGUCGCCGCCGCCCCCCACGGAGCCCUGCGGCGGCGGAGGGCGCCUGGAGGACUUCCUGGAGAGCACCACAGGGACACCGCUGCUGGGCAUGGAGCCCGACGGCGGCCUGACGCUGAUCGACGACCUGCAUAGCCAGAUGCUAAGCACGCCUAGCAUCCUGGACCACCCCCCCUCCCCCAUGGACACGUCCGACCUGGGCUUCUCCCCUCACACCACAGGGCUAGACUUUGGUGACCCCACCCUGGACAGCAUGGACUGGCUGGAUAUCUCCAUGGGAACCGCAGGUGGAGGGAGCGUGGAAAAUGGCGGAGGGCGGGGAGGCGGAGCGGGGUGCGAAAGAGACGGAGGGACGAGCUUGACCCCGCUGGCGCCCCACACCCCGCCCAGCGUGUUCUCGGCCGACUUCCUGGACAGCUCAGACCUGCAGCUGCACUGGGAGUCGUGUCUGUAGCCACCGCCCACGCCGCGCUCCGUCUGUAUUUCACACGUUUCUACGCGCCGCCCACCGCUGCGGGGGUUUAUCUCUGCCUGUUACUGAGACGAAAUAUGCAACAAACAUAGAAGUUAAAUUCAUAGAAAGAACCCAAACUUUCUCUGGAUGUUAAACUCUGUGGGAAUCCAAGCAGCUGAUUGGUUCCUGCUAACCAAUGAAAAGCUCCCAUUUCCUGUGUGCAGACCUGGAUGGAAACGAAGAUGAGCUGUCAGGAAGGUUUACGCCGCCGAGUGCGUCAGUGCCUCCUUAAACUUUGCACUUAUACUGAAUCUGAUUGGUUUGGAGAGGCGGGGUCAGCUGCUGAAUAUUAGCCAACGGUUCCUAAAGCAAAGGCAGCGGCUGCUGACCCCGUCUCCUCGCCAUGGCA